AUGAACUGGUAUAUUGUUCUCAGUGGUUUCUUACUGUUUAUUGGUGGUUUAGGAUGGGAGAGGUUGAUAACCAUUUUAGUAUUAUUUGAUUUAAGCUAUCGUUGUUCAGAAUCAACACCUAUGGUCUGCUGUGAUAUUUGCCAGCGUUGGGUACAUUGCCAUUGUGAUGGGAUCAGUGAUGAAAAAUAUCAACAAUAUCAGUUAGAUGGAAAUCUCCAGUACAAAUGUGCCACAUGUCGUGGAGAGUGCCACCAGGUCAAGAAUCAUGAGGAUGCUGCGAAAGAGCUUUGGAAGCGAAAAGAUGAAGCUGAACGAGAUUUAAUUACUAGCUUAAGGGCUGCUGCAGGGUUGCCAGCCCAUGAAGAAAUAUUUUCUAUUCCUCCCUAUUCUGAUGAUGAAGAAAAUGGCCCUCCAAUACAAAAGAGUGAAUAUGGACGUCCCUUGAAAUUGUCUCUCAAAGGAUUAGUUGAUAAGUCACCAAAAAAGACCAAGGACAGUGGAAAGAAAUCUUUAAUCAGAAUCCCUGCUAAGAAGAAGGAAUACCAGGAAAUUUCAAUCAGUAAUACCGAAGCAAAUCAGAGUGUUCGAGGACAUGGUCACCAAUACCUUGGGUCGGACAAGAAUGAUGAGAUGCAUUCCUCUAAAAAUGCAGAACCAGAAGUCUAUUCUUCACCUCUUGCUGGAAGUGUGAGCCAUACUGAAGAGAUUUUCUCUGUCAGUGAGCCAAGCGUAUUGAAGCACAAGUUUGUUGAUGAAGUGAUGUUGAAUGGUGGAGAUAGGACCUCCAAAGUUCGUAUUAAGGGCAAGUCUCAUGGUCUGGAUGGUGUAGAGGACACUGGGAAGCAUGCUGGCAAGUCUAAGCCUGUGAAAGAGAAGAAGCUAGUGAUAAACUUUGGUGCAAAAAAGUUAAAUAUAACUAAAUCUCCAAGUUCUGAUGCUUCAACCUAUCAAAGAGAACAUGCUUCGGUGACCUCCAAUGGUGGUGAAGAUGCGAGCCAGAGGACAACAAGUACUAUGGUGGGAAAUAGACAUGAUGGUUCUGCUAAUUUUGGCGAUGCUAAAGGUAUAAAAGGUUCAAAGGUUGCUGGAAGAGAAGGAAAUAUUAUAAAGUUGGGAAAGCCUAGGUCAGGAGCUCCAGAUCAUAACCCCAAACUUGUGAAAGGUGAUAGGGUUGAGGAAGUCGAAGGCAUUCCUCCGGAGCAGACGCAUGUUUCGUCCGGAAAAAGCAUUGAAGGAGGCAUGACUGCUAGUGAGCCUGGAGUUGAGAUCCCCACUAUGAGAAAUAACAAGGUAUACUCAAGGAAGCACUCAGAAAGCAGGUCUGCUGUAUCUGCUCAUAGGAAUGAUGAUUCUGGCCAAACACCAGUUUCACUUUCUUCCUCCAAAGAUCAUAAGCCUUUGUUGAAGUUUAAGCUUAAGAAACCUAAUGUUGAAAGCCAGAGUUCUUCUCAGCAUGAAGAAGAAAAAAGUUCUGUUAAGGGCCAACGGUCAAAAAGAAAGAGACCAUCACCGUUUAUGGAGAAAACAUCAUUUAGUGAAAAUGAUGAUAGGGGACCGUCGGUUGAAGAUAAUUUAAUGGAUGAGAUCAUGGAUGCUAAUUGGAUAUUGAAAAAGUUGGGAAAAGAUGCGGUUGGAAAGCGAGUUGAAGUACAGCAGCUAUCAGACAAUUCAUGGCACAAAGGAGUCGUUAGUGAUGUUAUUGAAGGCACAUCACUGUUAUCCGUUACUUUAGAUGAUGGCAAAGUCAAAUCUCUGGAACUUGGAAAGCAAGGGGUUCGCUUUGUAUCCCAGAAGCAGAAGAGGUCAAGAACAUGAGGGGGAUGUAUUUUUGUUUUGUUUUUUCAUUUGGAGGCUUCCUUCCCCAUUUGGUCAGGUAGCUCUCCACUUACAUAUGUUGUAGCAUUUGCCGUGGCUUGUAAUUUUGCUCAUUCUUCAGUCUUCACA